AUUUCAACCCUGCAGUAGUUCAGUUCAGAUGUAAUGGAGUUUCUACCUAAGCAGAAACGUUCAAUGUGCUCUGAAAGCAUAUUUUGAGCUUUUUAUUGCCAAAUCUUGAGCUGGUUUUCCUACGUGAAGAGGGAAGGUGAACUGGGAACAUCUGGGGGAGCCUGACCUUUACAUCUUCAACUUUCACCUGAAGAGAUUUCCUGAGUCCUGGCAGGUUUCAGGUCCCAUGAUGAGCUCGUGCUACCCCCCUCCAUCGUACCUGAGUUUGGUGUCUCCUCACCUGGAGGACGGCUCGGUCCCCGUCCUGCUGAUGGAGCCUCUCAGGGGCCCCAGGCUGCUGAUGGAGCCUCUCAGGGGCCAUGGGCUGCUGCCCUUCCUGUCCCCCGUCCUCCCUUCCCCCUGCGGGCCCCUCAGUGUGUACGAGUGUCCCCUGGAGCCCGCCUUCAUCCAGAAGCGCAACGAACGUGAGCGUCAGAGGGUGCGCUGUGUGAACCAGGGCUUUGCCCGGCUCAGGGGCCACCUGCCGGGCCGGGGGUCGGAGCGCCGGCUCAGCAAGGUGGAGACGCUGAGGGCCGCCAUCAAGUACAUCCAGCACCUGCAGGGCCUGGUGCAGCGGGAGGGGGGAGCACUUCCUGUUGGACCGAGCACCAGCACCUGAAGAAGAACGACGCCGCCGUCUCCUCAGAGCAGAAGAACGCUGCUCUCCAGCUGGACUGGACCUGGAGAGGAAGUGAGAGUAACCCCAUCCUGCCCGUGACUGAGCUUCAGUUUGAGCCCGACACAAACUCUGAUUUACUUCUGAUUCAUGAUGAUUUCUUCUUCAGUUGAGGAACUUUAAAAAGCUUUCAUUAACACCGAAAACCAAUGAAAUGUAAAACAAGGGAAUUCUUAAAAGAUUUCAAAAACCCACAUUGGAAAAAAAGAAAAACAUGGAAACAGAAAAAUCAACAAGAAUCACGAAAUUCUGUUUCCUCAAAAUUCUGGAAUUACAAUUUUUCUCUCAAAAUUCUGACUUUUUUCUAAAAAUUGUUUCCGAAAAUCUCAGAACUCAGCCUGCCAGCUAACCCAUCAGAGCUGGGCUCUGGUUCCAGACAGAGGGUAACCAGAGGUGCUGCAGAACAGGCAGGAUGAGGAACAUAACGAGCCAUGAAGUGCUUUCAUUUGACAUCCUAGAGGCUCAGCUACCGCACUAAAAGUAACAGUCUGGAAAUAUGCUCCAAGUCUCACAGCACUUCUUCCGCAGUGAUGUGGCCUCUCUGUGGAAUUUAAUGUAAUAUAUCUGACAUUAAGGCUAGGCAUCUUUUGACUCCUCACUGUUCUCAGUGGUUGCACUGGUGUGGCCUUUAGAGAGGCAUCAUGAUGUGUUCAUCUGUAGCGGAGUAACCAUACAUGGUUUCCAUCUAUAAGCACUGAGUAAAAUAAUAAAGUAGAUUAUUAGGGAUAUGUGUGUUAGAGAACUGGAGUUAAGCUCUGAAUUAUGAAUCAGUCUGUGGAUUUUCAGACACUAAGAGACAUGUUAGUGCCGUGAAGCUCCAGCAGAUCCAGGUGAUAAGAGCCUGACGUGUUUCUAAAGGUGUCGAUGCUGAGAGAGAACACAGAGACAGAGCGAUCAUUAAAUAUUUAAUAUUCGUUGUGAGGAAACGAUGAAGCAGAACUUGUUAAACAUUAGAAAAAUAAAAAGCCUCCUUUUUUUUACCCUGA